GUGACCUCUAUGGAUUAGUUACUUUAACCAGCUAGUUAUUUGGCUUCUUCAUCCUCUCCCCGAGUCGACAAAAAUCACCACUAAUCCACAGACGACGGUCAAAGCCUUCUGAAGCCGAAACAACAUCAUCGAAGACUCACCGAGAUCGCUACGGUGAGUUUGGGUUCUGUCCCUUGUGGAAAGCAUACAGACAACACCAUGAACCCUGAGAAUCAUCCGACCACCACUCACUCCAAAGUGAUCUCACAUGUCUUUUUCACCGGUACCGCCAAGCAAGGCUGUGCUGGGCCACCCCUUGGUCUUGUUGAUAUUGGUGUGAGCGACAUUGCCUACAUCUUCAGAGUCUCUCUCCCUGGCAUUGCCAAAAAUCAAGAUAAGAUCAAAUGUGAGAUUCAGAGAGAGGGAAGAGUAUGCAUACAGGGAGUAGUACCUGAGAUUGCCAUUCCAAGCGAUUCAGGAUGCUUAUACAGAAUGCAAGUGCAGCAGCUCAGCCCUCCGGGUCCAUUUUCCAUCACUUUUAAUCUCCCGGGGCAAGUGGAUCCUCGCUUGUUCUCUCCAAAGUUUAGAGCUGAUGGGAUCUUUGAAGUUGUUGUCGUCAAGCUCGGUGUACGCAUCCCAACGUCAUAGUUAGGUUCCUUUUUCCAUUAACCAGGUUCUGUUCAACUGUGUUGUGUAAAAACAUGUUCACAAUGUUCCCGAAUUCUUAAGACGCUCUUGGACUUGGAAAAAACCGGUUAGAUGUGAAACUGGUGCUGUUUUGAGCUAUGGUUUUAGCCCAACCAAACACUAAACCAGAUUAUUUUGGAUUA